GAUCUUUGGCAGUCCGAAUGGUCAUUCCUUACUUAGCCUAAAUAAAUUAUCAAUGAAAUUCUUAUUGUAACUUCAUGGUCAAAUACUAGUCAUACAUGUGAUAAUUUCUGGACGUUGCUUUAGAAACAUGAAUGAACAAAAUCCUGUUUGUUUACUGCAGAAGCCCUCCAAAAACCGUUCACAAGUCAUCUCAUAUCAGCUAUCAAAGAUAUUUAAAAAUUUGUAUCAAUUUUCGGCCUUAGAUGAUGAUAUAAUCUCAUACUUGCAGGCUGCGAAAGACAGUGAUGAUGCGAAACAUUCAUUGUAUAUAAAAGAAAUUGAUAAGGUUUUGGAAAGGCAUAAAGAUGUUAUUGAUGGAGUGAACACUGCAGAAUCGCGAAUUAGGGAUUAUAGUUUGAGUAAACCUUUAUUUCAUAACUCAGAAAACGAAUCGCCAAGACCAGUACUUACUAAUUUGCUAAGCUUUGAUGAAGUGGAUGACUCAUUUUUAGGUGACCUUGGCCUUUUGACGAAGGAGGAUAUUUAUUUCAAUGGAAAACCAAGAAGCCAUGGUUUUCCAGUUGUAAAAAGUUCUAAAAAUUAUGAAGACGCUGAGAAUGUUGAUAUUCUACCAGCAAUCAAAUCAGUCGUAACAUCUAGAGGAAAAACCGAUCAACUCAAAAAGUUUAAUCCUAAGAGUUGUUUAAAAAAUGAUGAUAUAAUAUCAGACAUAAAUUUAAUACCUCCUACAAGACAACUAAUUCCAUUUGGAAAAAGAACAAAAGAAAAUAGAUCGUUAUUCCAAGCUGAACCCGAAUCAAUUAUUUUUAGGUCAUAUCUAACAGGAAAUAUGUAUGAGGCUAUUGUUAAAAUACGCAAUAUUUCUGACAGUAGUCGACCAAUUCGAAUUCUCCCACCAAAAACAACAUAUUUUUCAAUUAAUGAGGGUAAAUUUCCACGACCAGGUAGUAGUAUUAUUGCACCGGGAAUGGCAGCAGUAUUUCUAGUACAAUUUUGUCCAGAUAAUGUUGGUGAUUUCGAAGAUGAAUUUAUAGUUAAAUAUGAAAAUCAACUAGAACCACUUUGUGUUAAACUGUUGGGACAAAAAUCACGACCACAACUUAAUAUACUUGAUUGUUAUGAUUUGGGUUAUGCAUUAAAGGGUGGUGCAAGAGUAAACACUAUUCAACUAAAGAACUGUAAUGCAGAGAUUGCGUCUAACAGUAAAUUCCUUUUUAUUACACAAGAGGCAUUUAGUGAAUGUCAACAGUAUGAUGCAAAUAAUUUCACAGAAUUUUACUCAUUGCAUGUGAAUUCCUCUUCAACUAGUUUAUGCUUGGAAUCAUUUUCUCUCAAACCAGUCAAUUUUAAUUUGGAAUCAUUGCAAUCGAUCACAAUAACAGUAGAGUUUAAACCAUUGUGUGUAGCAGAAUAUAAAUGGGAACUUGUAUUGAUUUCUGAUAAUGGUCAAUAUUUUCCGGUGACCUUCAAAGGUAGAGGGGAAGAACCUCAAUUACAGAUAAUCGAUAUUACUGAUCAGAAUCAAUUAUCUACUUUAAAUAAAUCGUCAACUAAUUUUAGAAAAGUUGAUACUAUUUCAAAUGAUCAAUUUUAUUUCUAUCAAUUUCCAAAACAUUAUCCUCAUACUAUUUCACCAAAAACAAUGACAAUAAGAAAUUGUUGCUCAGAACCUCUACGUUUUCAAUGGAUUCAGGAAGAUGAAUUCAGUGGAACAAAUCUUUCAGAAUAUACUUCAGAUAGUUUAAUCAAAAGUGAUGAUGUAUUAAAUCAACGUAAAUCUUUAUCAACAACAAGUAUAAUAUCUUCAUCAGAUAAUCAAACCGAUAAUGAUGUACCAUUAUUAUUUACUAUUAAUCCAACAACUGGUGUAUUUGAAAUGAAUGAAAUGAAACAUUUUCAAAUUUGUUUUAACCCAACUCAAGUUGGAACAUUUAGAACACAAUUGGCAAUAGUAUUACUCGGUAUACCAGAAGUAGAUGAACAAGGAAAUUGUUAUAAAUUAGACAAAAAACACUUAACAAUUGAAUUAGAAGGGACAGCAGAACCACUCUCAAUAUCAAUUGAACCACCAAUUUUGAUUAUUCCUGGAAAGUGUUUGCUUGAUGUUCCUGUGUACCGUACUGUUCAGUUAGUGAAUAAAUCCUCCAAUUGUUCUGUAACAUAUUCAUGGCAACAUAAUUUUAACAUUAAAAGAAAUUCUAUCAAUUUAAGUGAUUGUACUCAAUCUACAAGAGAAAUUCUUCAAUCAAGUAGACAACAAAGUUCAAAAACGUUUAAUCAAAUAGAAAAAUCAAAUAAUGCUUUAAUUGUUUUAGAACCAACUAUUGGUUCAAUUGAUCCUGGACAAUCAAUUAAUAUUGAUAUCAUGAUAUCAUCUUCAAAAUCUAUUAUAAUUAAAGAAAAUAUUCCAUGUUUUAUUAAUAUAUUACCUAAUAGUCCACUUUGGUUAUAUAUUGAAGUUGAAUUUUCGGGCCCUACCAUUAUUUUUGAUAGAACAGACUGUAACUUUGGUCUUAUGCGUCCGAAUGAAACAGCUGAAAUGAAUAUUCUACUAACGAAUACUACCCCCUCUUCAAGAAAAUGGUUUGUGAAAAUGGAAACAUUUAUUGACAAGUUUGAAUCUGACAUAGAAGCACACCCAUCUUAUGGAGUCAUACAACCCUUCCAAUCAGUAAAAAUGAAUUUGUCUUUUACACCACAAGUAACAAGAAGUGUUCGUGAUAUUAUUACUGUACAUACUGAAGAUUCUGAAGAAAUAAGCAAACUUUUAAUUAUAGCAGAAGUUCAAACUCCACUGAUUGAUUUCCAUCCACUUCAUAUUGAUUUUAAUCAAUGUUUUUGGAAUGUUCCUGUCACUGAAACAGUAACAAUCACGAAUUUAAAUAUGUUGGAUUGUGAUUUAGAAUGGAUUGAACCUAUUGGAAAUGAUAAAGAAUGGGUUACAAUUAAUGUGAUCCCAAAAACUUAUCGAAUCAUAGGUCAACAAAGUCAAUUAUUUGAAAUUUCUUUAUGUGCUCAUAAACAGAAAUCAGUUGAAGAUCUUCGAAUCCCAUUACGUGUAAAUGGAUUGAAUGAAUUUUUAUAUUUACCAAUUACAGCUAAAGUCCAAGGAUUGUCAAUAAACUAUUUUCCGUUUAAUCAAGAUAAAGAUUCAAUAUGCAAAGAAAGUUCUCAUGAAAAUAUCAAUAUUCCAAACAAUAAUUUAAAUGAAACAACGAUUUUAGACUUUGGACAAAAUAUUGGUCUUUUUGAACCAGUUGAAAAAUGGAUUGAAUUUAGGAAUAAUACACCAAUACCAACACGAAUAUGCGUAGAUACUGGGAGAUUAUCUACAAAAACUAAUUAUGCUGAUUAUGAGAAUUUUCCUCAUAAACCUAAACUUGGCGCUGUGAAAUAUUUAUUCGUAACAUCAAGACAAUCUACUGAAAAUUAUUUAAGUAGUCAAAAUGUUUUACACGACAUGAAUGAUCAUAAAACUCAAAUUAGGAUUCUUUACGAUUGGUGUAAUUUAUUAUUGAAACAGUCGAAAGGUGCAUGUGUACUAGCACAUUCAGCUAUAUCAUCCACCAAUUAUACAACAGAUUUUCAAUUAGCCGAGCUUAAACCAAUUAAUAUUAGUCAGUAUACAACUACGCUACCAACUAUUCCAUCAUGGUAUUUACCAGGUUAUGGUUCACUAAGGAUUUGUUUCAUAUGUGUAGCCAAUCUAUGGGGAGUUUAUGAAGAUAAUAUUCAUAUUUAUGUAUUGCCAGAAUUUGAUCUUACAUCUGAAUCCUAUCUAUCACCUGUUGUAUUUUGUACAACUUUCAAAAUAGUUGGAUGUCCAAUUUAUUCAUUAGCCGCAGGUCAUUUCGGUGAAUUAUCGAAUAAAGCAAUACUGAAUACUAAUGUAAAGAAUAAUUCAAUAUUUCCUAAAACUGCUUUACCAGUUAAAGCUACAAGACAAUUUAUACGAUUCGGUAGUGCAUUGUUUAAUGGACCAGUUGUUAAACGCCAAAUACGUUUACAUAACUCAUGUGAAGCUGCUAUUCGAAUUGAUUGGCAAGUGUUUUUGGAUUCAGAAAUAGAAGAUCAUAAUCAAUUGAUAAAUCUUUUAUGUUUCAUAUCAGAACCGUUUAAAAACGUUUCAUAUAAUCAUCAAUUGAAUAAGGAAAAAUCAUUGACUGAUGAAUAUUUAAUACUGAAUGAACCAUCAGCUGAAGAUUCCGGUAAAAAUCAACUAAUUAAUUUAGUACUUCGACCAUAUGAUGGAAAAUUAUUAUGGGAAUCAUCAUCAUCUCAAAUUAUUUCAUCAAAUAAUAAUAAUUUUAGUAAAUUAUUUAUCAUAUCACCUGAACAGUUGAUAAUACAACCACAUAAAGAAGCUACAAUUACAAUUUUAAUGAAUCCAUUUGAAGCAUAUUCAGAUAUGAAAUAUUAUGACAUGUUCAAUUUAAAAGCUCAUAUAAUUGGUUAUUUAACUAUAGACUCAAAAUAUUAUUUAGAUAUUCCACGUACACAUGCAUUAAUCACAGAACAAUUACGUUUUGAUAUAACUGCUAAAUUGGAACAACCUAGGUAAAUUAUUUUAUUUAGAAACUGUUUAUACGAAUUAAAUGUUGUUCAUAAUGAAUAAUUCAUGUUCAUUUAUGAGAUUAUCUGAAAUUGUUUUAAUGUUUUUACUUAAUUAGAUGCUUAUUAUUUCUUCUUGAUUCAAUGAGAACUAUAUAAUUUUGAUCAAAGAAAAUGUCUAUUAUUUUGUCUACUCUAAUCGUGAACAAUGUAAUUCAACUACGUGUAAUAGUUACUGAAUAGUUGAAGGAAUUAAAUAACAUGUUCCAGGUCUAAGUUGAUGAAAGUCUAUUUCGUUUCAGUCAAAUAUUAACACUAACUCUCAUACUUAAAAUAAUUAGAUCUUAAAUCUCAUGCCUAAACAGUAUUUAAAAUGAGUUGCAGUAAGUGAAAUGAUUUGUUCAUCAAGCAUAAUCGCUUUGUUUUUCAUUCGAAACAAUUAUACACAAUAAGUUAUAUCAAAAUAUGUAAGAUGAAAAAUAACACACUACUAGGUUUGAAGCUAUCACGAGUUCACUUAAUCGGCGAACGAGACCAAGACUCGGAGACCAAAGACCAGUAAGCUAGCUAUUGACAUCCACAACACACACAUAUUCUUAACUUUUAUAAAAUAAUGUUAAAAAUGAGAAAAUCAUAUAUAUUUGUUAAAAAUUUGAAUAACAAUACAAUUCAGAAUGCAAGUUUCAUCAUACUUUGAUCAUGUCAUUUGAAUGAGACUGGAUCUCAGUUAAUGUUGACAGUUAGACUUGAACAUUUCUCUUCAAAAGCUCAAUUUGUUAUCCACUGAUUUACUGAGUUCAGAUAAUCGCUAAUCGUUCAAUAGAUAUUGUAUUUGUGUCAUGAUUAGUAAGGUUUUUGAUUGUACUCUUGUUGAUGUUCAAGACUAAAUUUUUUCAGUGUUUAUUGAUAUUUUAGUGAACAGAACACGAGUGGGGACAAUCGAAUGUAUUUAGCAAAAAAUUACAGGACUUUUUAAUAAAAUCUAACAAUCAAAUAGUAAAUACGUAAUUUGCAAAAUGUCCAUCAAUUGUCUCAUAAUGACUCAGACUUCAUUGUUCUUGCAUUUUCAUACAAAUUACAUUCUGUUCCCAUUUUUUACUGUUCGAUCCUCUUGUCACUCUGCUGCCAGAAUUUCUGUUCGCAACCAACAACAUAUACUACUUAUGUUAAUAUAAGUAGCACACACCACACUCACCCCUCACUUUAACGCAGUCGUUCUUGCAGUGGUUCAUGCUUGUCGUGCCACAUUCUUCGUUUCUGCAGUCUGUGCUACUCUCUCCGUCAAAAUGUCGAGUCUACGGCGUGCAGACCUCAGUCGACCUGCCGGGGCAACAACAUCCGACAUCCACCCGACACCUGGGACGCUUAACAUCCGUGUUCCACCGGCCUGCUGAGCCAUCUACAACCGAUGUCCGCCCAGCAGCCACAGGUCCUCCAGCUCCUCUCCGUUGACAGCACCCGCUACAGCCAAUGCUGCCCCGUCAGAACACUCCACUGGACGUCACCUCUCCGCACCAGACUGCCCCAAAUAGCAUCUCAGCUCCAGGCUGCUACCAGACAUUCUGUUCACGACUAACAUCACCUACUACUCAUGUCAAUAUGAGUAGCAUACACCACAAUAUGUGUAGAUCCCUUGUGAACUAUCAUUUUGAAAUUCAGUCUCAAAUUCCAACAACACCAUAGUUUAAAUCUUCGCUAACAAUAAUAAAUAUUAUAACUAUACGACUAAUUCCUGUUAAAAGUGUAUACAUAUGAAACGUAACGACUAUGUAAAUAAUAAAUAGACAUCAGAUGUCAGAAUAAAAUGUAUAGUGGUUUUCAAUGUGUGAUAGUGAUCUAUUCCUGAAUAAAUAUUAAAUCUACAAAAUGCUUAUGACAUGGUAAAGAAAUAAUUUUUUUUUAAAAUAUACGACAAGAAAAAUAAGCUAUUGAUCUAGAUCAUUCCAUUGAUCAAAUAUGAUAACCUUUGUACAUUUGGCACACAAUUUUCUAACUUUAUUUAUUCAAGUUCAAAUUUCAUAGAAUUUCAUUCAUAGUAACCUACAUAUCAAGACUUAUAUGUAAGAGAACAGGAGUCAGAUACUGUAGUGUUAAAUAUAUUUCUAACUUUGGAAAAAAAAAUAAAACUUUUGUAGAUAACUGGUUCUUUAUUGAUUGUUUUCUUUAGAAACGUGGCUUAGUUUUCAAGGUUACUAACUGUUUUGCAUCUUUAUCUUUUUCAUACUUAUCUAUUAAAAAGUAUGUAUACUAAUAAUGUAGUUAUUACGUUUGUCUGUCUGUUAAGUCUGUGGAAUGCUGAACUGACUAGUGCUUCAUACUAAGAGUCCGAAUCAGAAGAUGCUUAGUGAAAAACAAAUACUUGUUUUAAGGUUUUAUUUAUGAACCAAAAUAAAUCCAAAUGAUGUAUAAGUACACUACCACAAAUUCACAAACAGAUUUGUAUAGUUUGACUGAGUAAUAUUUAAUGUCAAUCAACCAAUAAUUUGAUACGAGAACAUAUAUUAGUAAUAUCAAACCGACUUGAUUUUCAUCUUUUAGUCCCGUCAUAUUAGUAGUAAAACGAAAUCUAGGUAUGACAUGCAGUGUCGAACCAGUGUUUAUUUGGAAAUCUUAGAUUGCUAUAAGUUGAUUGCACAAAACAUUCAAGAUUUAUUGUUUAAACAAAAGUUCAUGUUGCUGAUAUAAGGCAUUUCUUUCUGUAAAAUAAUGACUAGAACAAUGAAAUAAGUAAAUUAAGUACUUAUAUGUCGAAGCUCGGCCAAUCUUAAUGGCAAAUGGUUAUUGUUGAUAUGAUGCUAAAAAUCAUUUUAUGAUUAGCAGGGAUAUUCCUAAUCUAUCUAAAGUUUUGUGGAGACCAAUUUAAUUUGCAACUGGUAUCCAUCACCGAUCGAUCACGGUUAAUAUACUACUGAAAAACAGGCAGCAGUGAACAGCUAUUCCCACGCCACUCCAGUGGCUCUAAAGGUCAAACAUUCUACACAAAGCCUGGAAACCCUGGUCGUGGAUACAAACUGCUAAGGAUUUCUAUACUAGAACAAAACACCUGUUCAUUGCUCUCUGCUUUUUAGCCUUAUCCUAAUUGAUAUCAAUCUAUGAGUUAUAGAAUAUACAUAUUCCCGAUUUGAAUAAAAUCAAAACAACGAUUGGAGCAGAAUAAUAUGCAUUCAUCAUAUUCCAUGUAUUAUCGUCAUCUGUUGCAGCAAUUAUAUCUAUAUGGUUGUAGGCAGAUGAUGAGAAUCCAUGAAAUAUAAUAAAUUCAUAUAAUUCUGCCUCAACUGUUGUUUUGUUUUUAUUCAAAUUUAUUUAAAUCUUUUCAGAUACUUUUAAGAUCUUCCGGAGUCAGAUACCCAUCAUAUUCGACCAUUUGUUCUUAAUUUACACUUAAUUAAUAGACCGUUAAACCAGUAUCUCUAAAAACUCCUGGGUUUAUUAAACUUACAAUCAAAUAUUCCACAAACAUAUUACCGGAACACUUUAAAACACGCUAAAAAAAUGUAUGUGAAGUAAGGGUGAAAAUAUAGGACCCCUUCAUGAUAUUAAUGGAGUGCAGAGUUAUUAACUUCACGAGUGCUGAAUAAGGAGUACAUACUAAGUUGUUGAUCAUGCAUUUUCUUUGUACUUACUAUAAAUAACAUCAGUUAUUCAUAGUACGCAAUUCUAUACGCAAAGAUAUGUGAGAUAGCCACUAAUAUAUUCAACGCGUAUUGACUUUAAUCCGCACAUACGUCCU